UCCGUUGACCCAAGAGCUUGAUUUAUCGUCAGUGCGUGUUUUGGACAGUGAUGCAUUUGACCCACUGGUGACACUAACCAACUUGACAAGGCUGAAUCUCUACAGAACAAGGAUAACAGAACCUGUUGUCAUCAACAUCAUCAGGAAAUCCCCCAAACUGCAGCAUUUGAAUCUGGGAGCAAUACAGACAAUACAGAGCUUUGACAAUGUGAUGUCUGAGCUUUCCAAGUGCAGCAGGUGUUUACUGAGUUUGAAUCUAUGGCGUGCAAGAAACCUGACAAUGUCAGGCCUCAGGGCUCUUGCAGAAGGGUUUGAGAACCUGCUUGAGAUUGACUUAGGAUGGUGUGGCCAGUUGAGGGGCCCACCAUUCUCUCCUAUCUUCGUUAAUUUUGUGCAGUCCUGCCGGAAGUUACGCAAGCUGUUCUUACCAGCAGUCAGGAGUAUUUCCAAUAACGAUAUGCACGCCAUAGCAGCCUGUCUACCUGACUUGGAGCAGCUGGACAUUCUGGGAACAUUAUCAGUGUCUGUAGAUGGUGUCCAGAGAGUCUUCGAAAGCUGUCCGAAGAUGCGCUUCUGUGACCUGUCGUUCUGCAACAGUAUAACGGACGUGGACAUUGUCAUGUUGAGACAAGCCCACCCCCGGGUUACCAUACAGAGGAGCUUUAUAUCGUCCUGACCACUGCUCAGGCCAAAUACAGCGUGUGCUAGACCUUCCUGUGGAGAAAUUGUCCUUAAAAACGAAAGGGAAGGUUUGCAGUAUUGAUGUCUGAAAUGCAAGGUAUUGUUCCUCAUGUUAUCGGUGCAUUGUCUUUGGCACCAAUCAUAUUCAGGAAAUAUGGUAUCUGAUCACUGCUUUGUAAGUAUUAAUGAGUCCUGAAUGUAAUGAACAUAAACAUUCCAAAGGUUUAUCUGUGUUCACUAUGCAAAAGUAGUGUAUAUACUUUUAAGGUCUUUCGGAAUAUUAUUUACCGGUACUGUGAUCUUUUCUCAGGUACAUGCUCAUAAACUAUUUUACUGGUGACAGAUAUUGAAGUGCUCAACCUGAGAGGUCUUACGAAUACCGGUACCUGUAUAUGCAUAUCUGAGGCCGUGUCCGAAACGGGCUUCCAGAGCUACGGCUACA